AUGGAAAAGGAAGUGUUGGGUGACGAUGACAACAACUUAAACCCAUACUUAGUUAGGGCUCUCUACGAUUUCAAUGAGGCCCAAGAGGGAGAAAUACAUUUUGAAAAAGGGGAUGUUAUACUAGUGACCAAACAAAUUGACAACAACUGGUUGUAUGGUAGGAAUGAGUCCCAGAAUAAAUUAGUGAGCAAUAAUGUUGAUGAUUCAAAUCCGUAUCGUCGAGAUUGUGAUACAGAAGGAUGCUUUCCAAAAUUGUAUGUGGAGUUAUGUGCAUUACCAGGUUAUUCAGGUCUGGGAGAGGUCUGUCUAUCCAUUGCCUCCUUCAUUACAGGUAUUGAUGGGGAUCUGAAUUUUGAAAAAAAUGAAAUCAUAAUCCUCGAAAGGCAAAUCGAUGAAAAUUGGUGUGAAGGAUUUUCAUCAAACAGCUGUACAAAAAAAGGAAUUUUUCCAUUAAACUUUAUUAAAAAAUUAAGCAUAUAUAACAAAGUAAACAAAGAAGCAAAAAGUAAAACAAAGAUAAUAGCAAGAGGGGUUGUUUUACAAAAUUUUGCAGCCCAACUAAGCGAAGAAAUCAGUUUAUAUGAAGGUGAUGAAGUUGAGAUUUAUGAAGUUAUUGACGAUUUAUUUGUCUAUGGUGCCUGCAUUUUUGACCUAGAUAACGUCGGACAGUUUCCAAUGGAUUACAUAUCAGUAACAGAAGGAGAGGAGAAUUUAAAAUUUGAAAAUAAAAACUCCACCAUCAAGUCUAAAUUUGACUGGUGGAAGAACCCAGAAGUGCAACUGUCAUUGGUUGAGAAGUACAACAAAUCGACCAAUCAGACGACACCUACGUUUUUGGAUCAGACUGCCCCAUUAUCGAGAUCCGAUGGGUACCUAGAUGAAAAUGGCGACGAUGUCGGUGGAGGUUUUGAUGAUGAAAAUGAUACUCGUAUAAACUUAGAAGACUCCGCAUCAUUCUAUGAUAACAAUAACGUUAAUGGAAGGAGUAAAAGUGAUGAUGACGCACCCAAUGGCGAUAGCCAUAAUAAUGGUUAUAACGAUUUUGAUGGUGCCAUUCAACUCAAUGAAACAAUAAAUAACAAAAGGGGUGAUAGCCAGAAGAUGAAUAAUAUUAAGCAUGAAACAUCCUCUGAAACUUUGAUAUUGAGUCAGGAAUUUUUCAAAACAGUUAAAGAACACUCAAGUAAUGACUUUAUUACUGUUGGUGUAUCGGAGAGUUUCACCAAAGAACCUGAUUUAAAUCAUAAUUUUAGAGAUGCAUUUCUAUCUAACCAGGAUAGUUAUGAUACUCACGAUAUCGAUCAUACAUCUGAAAUGUGUACAAACAUGAAUGAAGAUAUAUCAUAUUUUAAUUUAAAAAAUCCUGGAGAUGAUUCAUUUUACAUCGCAUGUACUUCGAAAGCAAGUGACGAACGUAAAAAUUUGCGAUCAGCUGCUGAAGACGACAAUGAGCAGUUGAACGCCAACGAGAAAGCACAUGACUAUGACAAUCUAAUCUUCAAUUACGAACAUCUACUGCACGUGACUAAACAGCUAGAUGAACAAGAACCCAGCACAAAAGUACUCAAAAUCAAAAAGCAGUCCUCCCUGCCAUCUAUUCAGACUUCAAGGACUGAAAAUUUCUGGCAAAAGUUGCCUUCACCUUCUGACACACAAGCAAAAGACAAAGCAGAAACUAAUAAUCCAACUUUAAAAACUGUCAAAGAGUUUAAUUCUCCUGAUAUUACUAAGGUAUCUGAGUCUGUAAAUUUUUCAGAAACCGUUGAAGUCACUUAUUUAACUGAUGAAAUUUCUAUCAAUAACGACGCGCCACCUACGUUGAAUGGAAAAUCGAAAGGUUUAGGUAGUGAAAAAGUUAUUGAAAAAGUUGAUGCUGAACCUAAAUCUUUCACUAAUCAAGACAAAGAAUUAGCAACAAAAAAAUCAGAUAAAAAAUUGUCAUCUCAAAACAAAACCACCAAGCCACCAAAUUCUACAGGCCGUCUGCAGAAACAAACGUCACUAGGUUCAAAGCAAACUACACCACCAGCAUCAAAAUUCGACUGCCCAGUGUCAUCUUCCAAAACAUCAUCAUCAAACUUUAAAUCACCAAUCAACAAAUCUCCAUCUCCCAUUCGCAAAGCACCUUCCGGUCCGCCACCAGCACCCCCACCAUCAAUAAGAUCAUCAACUUCAACGCCCCAGCCCUCAUCGCCUCUCCCGGUCACCAAAACCCCCAGGCCGUCACUGACGAAGCCAAUCCAUAGUUUAAAGAAUGCGCUGGACGCCAAAUCGAUUUCCACGAAACCUCCUCCACCGAAAAAGCCUGCAAAUCUUUCGUUGCGUUCAUCACCCCUUCAAACAUCGUCACCGUCAGCACAACCCAUCCCAGCGGCUAAGGUACCAAGUACCACACAAAAACUGACUACGUGGUACGUUGCUGGGUCAGAUUCCUCUGCAAAAGAUAGUAGCUUUAAUAUUGAGUCCUUACCUACUGUGGUUACUGCUGCUGCUGCUGCUGUUGACGUUUCACCAACUAGAGGGAAAAUGAAACCAGCUGUUCCGAGGAAACUUUCAGUUCAGCCAGAUUCAGUUUCAUCAAAACAUCUGCCAUCAUCGUCGUUAUCAUCGCCGUCACCUCGCAAAAAUUCAACAGCAGAAGCCGCUAAUUCAUCCAACGAGAAACAGAACGUUGUAUUGAAAUGCAUUAAAAGGCCUGACACUUCUUCAAAAAACAUUGCUCCAGAUUUUCACUUCUCCGAUUCUUCCCAGGAAACCAACCGACAUUCGAAGUCAUCAACACUUUACAAUCAGCAAUCACUCCCAACGAAACCGAGGAAACCCUGUUCUGACAACGUUCCACAGGCCUAUUCUUUAUCGAUGCACACUCUGGAUUAUAGAGAACCAUUUGCAAAUGUAGAUGAUGACGAACGACAACAGCAGCUGCAACAGCAAAUGCAUCCGCUUAGUCUCAUAUUCAAAACCAACAAGAUAAACAUGAACUGUCGCAAGACAUUUACUUCUAAGGACUUCACCCAGCCAGGAAUCAUGGAGCUGAUAGAUGUCAACAUCAACUCUGACUAUACAUUCUCUCCAUUUAAAAUUUCAUCUGCGGAACCGGCCGUCUCGUCCGGAUAG